AUCAUCCGCCUCUCCAGGCUGCACGGCGCGCACCCGGGAUUUCUCCGCGUUUUUGUCAUUUAAACGCGAUUUUCCAGCUCCAACCUCCUCAGAUGAUUGAAAACUGAAGAGGUUUUUGGUUUCCAGCAGCGGGACAAGCGAGGCGACACCGGCGCACGGAGCCCGGAGAGGAGCGAGGCUCCGGCUUAUUCUAGCCCAGGACGCCGGACAUUAUUCCCGCACGACAGGACGCUUACUUUGGAUUACUUUGGUGCGCAGUUUUGUGCCCGGAAUUAGCAGCAGAUACAACUACAUUAAUUCAUUAUCUGCUUCCCAGCAUGACGCUCUUCUUUAGUGGAUACUGAAAUAAAGCUUGCGAUUUGCGCACAGCGGAUGCACACUCUUCUGUGCGCUUUGUGCAGCUACGGGAAAACCUGUAGCAGAAUAACAACACAGGACGGGUGUAUUUCUCCAUUUAGAAAUAAUCACCUGAACUUAUUUAUCAACUAAACCCAUUUAAACUCAGAGAAACCUGUGAAGACCAGGAUGCAUCGCAGCUGAAAGCACGAGUCCAGGACUUUUGGUGUUGAAAUCAGAUCUGGAACAGGACGAGAGCGGAAUCAGGAUGACUCUCCGCGGCGUGAUGUUGAUCCUUCUCCCGGUGUGCUGCCUGCUCUCCGGUGGCUCCCGGGCAGCGACUCUGGGCGGACUGGGAGACACCAUUCUGGGUCCAAAGACGUUCCUGGGUGUCUCUAACUUCAGCACUUUCCUGCUGGACCGGUCCACUGGGAUGCUCUUCCUCGGAGCCAGAGACGCCAUACUGGCUGUGGACACCAACAAACUGAACGAAAGACCAAGAAAGAUUGUUUGGGACGUACCAGAGGAGAAGAGGAGGUCUUGUGUUGCGAAGGGAAAGACGGAGGUCGACUGCAACAACUACAUCCGCCUGCUGGAGUUUCUGGGAGACGGACGCAUCUAUGUUUGCGGCACUUACGCCUUUGACCCCCAGUGUGCCUUCCUGGAGCUCUCCUCCUUCACCCUGGAGAAAGCCGAGGAUGGAGGGGUGAAGAUGGAGACGGGGAAGGGCAAGUGUCCCUUUGAGCCCAGUCAGCAUUACACAGCUGUCAUGGCGGGGGGCACCCUGUACACGGCAGCCACCAGUAACUUCCUGGGAACCCUCUUCGACAUCUCCCGGGCGACGGGCCCAGAACAGGGACGCAUCCGAACCGAGCGAUCCAUCAACUGGCUCAGCGACCCAGAGUUUGUGAGCUCGGCCUUCAUCGAGGAGGCCCCAGACAACAACCCGACAGGAGACGACGACAAAAUCUACUUCUUCUUCACCGAGGUGGCCAAAGAGUACGACCUUUACACCAAAGUCAAAGUGCCCAGAGUGGCACGGGUCUGCAAGUCGGACGUGGGAGGGAUGAAGACUCUGCAGCGACGUUGGACCACUUUUCUCAAGGCUCAGCUCGUGUGCGAGGACAAACCCAGCGGCCAGCGCUACAACAUCCUGACUGAUGUCUUCACCACGCAGCACACCCCAGGCGACCCCAGCAGCACACACUUCUAUGGACUGUUCACCUCCCAGUGGGAGCGUGAAGAGAUGUCAGCCGUGUGUGUUUUCAGCCUGUCUGACAUCAGCAAAGUGCUGGACGGCCCCUUUAAAGAGCUGAAGAAGACCUGCGAGACCUGGAUCAACCCUGAACCCGUCCCCACACCGAGGCCAGGCCAGUGUUUGAACAACGCAUUGAAGGCCGACGGGUUCGAGUCGUCCCUGAAACUUCCCGACAAGGUGCUGACGUUCGUGAGGGAUCACCCUCUGAUGGAGAACAGCGUCACUGCAGCGCCCCUGCUGGUGAGGAAGGGAGUCAGAUACACCAAGCUGGCUGUGACUCUGACGGGCAGCGGAGACGAGAGGAGAGGGGCGGUGCUGCAUCUAGGAACAGACCGUGGGGAGCUCCACUGGGUGGCAGUAGUGGGCCAGAACGCCACCUUACUGCAGGAGAUUCCUCUGUUCACAUCACAGGAGCCUAUUAACAACAUACUGCUGCACCAGGGCCGGGCUCUGGUGGGCAGCCCUCUGUCUCUGGCUCGUGUCCAGGCUGAAGGCUGCGCUCUGUACAUGGGCUGUGAGGUUUGUGCCAGAGCCAGAGGACUGGGCUGCGAGUGGAGCACAGAGGAGAAAGCCUGCAGGUCCACAACAGCCGAGCCGGGUCCAGGUGAUGUGGUGGAUGAUGCCCUGAGGAAGUGUCACACAGAAGAGGGCCGUUGCACGCCGUCCAUCAGGGAGCUGCGGGUGUCUUUGGGUUUGCGCCUCUUGCUGCCAUGUGUGCAGCUGUCUCCAAGGCCCUGUGGCUGGGAUCAUCCUCCUGACAGACACACCAGGCAGCACCACUCCGACCUGGAGGUGACUGUCACCAUGGACAGUCUGGGCAAAUACAUCUGCACCUGUCAGGAGGCAGGACCAGGCAUCAGAGACCCCACUCCCUGCCGCAGAGCAGCCUAUCAGCUCACACUGGAAGACCCCAGUGCUGGAGGAACAAUAGCAUCAGCCGGAGGUCGCCAUGUCCUGGCUAUCUACAUCCUUUUCUUCUUCUGCGGUUUUCUGCUGGGUGUGUUCCUCCUCUACUUUGUGACCCGGCGGCGCAGCAUGUCCCGCCAGGGCCGCCACCUUCCUGAUAAUUCGCUGUCAUCAGAGAAGGGGCGGGACUUGCUGGGCUCCUCAGCCACUCCGCAGUCCCCGAGCAGUGCCAGCCUGAUGUCCGAGGGAUUCCGGCUGACGGAAAAACGAAACGGGACCACGACCUCCACCACGACUACCACGCUCCUCAGCAACCAGGGUAACGGCGGUCCCCACGGCAACAGCUACAGCGGCACCCUGAUCAACAGCAACCCCAGCAACGGCCACGGCAAUUCCCUGUACGGCAACCUCAACACGAGCAGCAGCGGGCUGAAGUUCACCUCGGAAAUUUUAGCCGCAGACCUGCUGGAUGGAAGGACGGGGGAGCGGGAGAGGGUGAGGCCCGAGGGGGGAGAGAGGGAGUCGGGGGAGGGGGACGAGGUGGACGAGGGGCUGAGGGAUGGGUUAGGGGAAGGAAUGAAAAAACUAGAGGAGGAGCUCAGCAGCUUUCCCAUGUUUAAAUCGCCAGCACCCCUGGCCAAGUGCGAGGAAAGUUCAAUAUGAAACGGUGACAUGAACAUACUGUCGAUUGCACCAUUUUGCAUCCUCCAAAUGAACCGAACGCUACAGGAAAAAAUGCAAAGUGGCGACUGCCAAAUGCCUUUGACUGGGAGCUGUGGCAUGAAGAGAGACUACAGAGAUUUAUGAGAGAUUGAAGUUUAUGUCUAAGCAUGUGAGAGAGAACAUGAAGCAGUGUUGGGAACAACGACUUACUGUGGGUCAUCAGGAUGAGAGCCACAGCUAAAUAAAUGUGUCAGAUGUAAAUAUUAAAUGUAAAUAUACACAGUCUGAAAUUGACUGUUAACAUGAAAGUGAGCGGGUUUAUCCUGCAUUUGAAAUGUUACCAAGAAUCAAAGAUGAAAUGUCUACAUGUAGACAUGGAAAAGCCAUAUUGUCUUUCUCCUUAAACCUGUUUUGUUGUUGUUCGCUCUCAUUCACUCCUCCUGAUGGCACUGCAAAGCAAAAGUGCACUUUUUCUCGCUGCACCUCUCCGUCUCUUGCUAUUUGUAUUUCUCUCUCUGACACACCACUCCAAUCCCAAACCUUUGAUGGGUCCAAAGGCACCAAAGGACUGCUGAGCCAUAGACCAGACUGCUGGGGCUUCAACCAGAGCGACUAAAAAAACUAUAAACCCGCUGCAGAGUCUUCAGAUGGCGACCAUGACGGGGCUGUUCCUGCCUACACUGCUGCAGAGGUCAAGAGGCCGAUAGAGGCCCAUCUGUCAGAUCCGUGUCAGUGUGGAAGAUGCACAGCAGAUGCAAGAAACUGCCCACAUCUGUCGCUGUUCACGUUUGCCAUCGCUGACACAGAAGGAAAGCAGAGGAUGCGAUAUUCAUUUCAGUCUUGAAGAACGGACCGUGCCAGACUCGAAGCCACCGUCACCUCAUUUUCUGUGUGUGUGGAUUCAACAUAAAGAUGUAUUGUUUUUGUCAUGUUGUUUUGUAAUAAAAGGUUAA